CAGAAAUGGUUAGGACAAAGGGUAACAAAUGUAAUGAAUGUAAAAAACCGAUUCCCAAAUUAUCCAGGGAAACUAUAAGAGAGAUUUUCAAGAAUCUAGUGGAUCAAGAUCUCUGGGUAUGCCUUCGAGUUUGUCGAGAAUGGUUCGAAAUCGGUGUAAAAAUUUUGUGGGAAGAUCCAUUGUCAUGGGGAUAUCCGGUUAUCAACGUUUAUACUGAUUUCCUUAAUGCCGAACAAAGGAAAUCGUUAAAGAAUGCAAAAAUUACUCUUCCUAAGUUGCACAAUCCUAUGGAUGAUUACUCUCUUUAUAUAAAGAAAUUCAAUCUAUCUGAAUUACACGACGCGAUUUUUACUUGGCUUCUUCAUACGGAAAACAUUGAUGAAAAAUAUCGGGGCCUAUUUAAAGGAAACUUUAAUGCUAAAGCGGCAGAAAAAGAUGAAGCUACGAAACCAAUAAUGAAAAUGAUGACUUUAAUGAUUUCUCACAUAAUUAAACUGCUUUUUAACUCGACUCAAGGUUUAGAUAUGUUAGACAUGUCCAUUAACCACCUAAGCAUUGGAAUCCCAGCUGAUAUAGUGAAAUCUGCUGAAGCAAUGAAAAGAGCAUUCACAGAUUUAACUUGGCUUAGAGUUCACACAAAUUUUUCAAGCAAGUUGAUUUCUGAUGAUCGGCUAGAAACUGCGUUAAAAAUUUUCAAUAAGAUGGUAGAGCUUUGUCAUAAAGUAGAGUAUUUGGAUAAACUCAAACAUUUCACCAUUCGACGCUCUGAUCUUUGGUUUAACCUUAUGGUUUCCAUAGGAGAACAUGCCGCUCAUACACUAGUAUCAUUUAAUUUGUCUGGAAUUUCAUUGUCACCACAACAACUUCAACCAUUAACGCGUUGCACUCAAUUGUUGACAUUGAGUUUUGUUCGAUGUAUGGACAUUAAACAGACUGGAAAAAACAAAAACAAGAAUGGUAUAGUACGAGAUGAUGUCACACCUACAUUUGUAGAUAGUAGUGGACUAUUCUUUCAUAGUGUCAAAAAGAUGUACUUAUACAAAAAUAAAAUUUCACCAGAAGCUCUUACAUCACUUAUCAGGAUGACUAUCAACCUCGAAGAGUUAAUCAUAGUUAAUAAUAAUACAGAAACGAUUAUUAAAGCAAUAUCUCAUUAUUGCGGUAACAUUAACUACUUGGCGUUAACUCUAUAUUCUGAUACUACAUUUUUUGCAUUAAUGGAUUGGCUCUCAUUUUCACAUUUGAAAACUUUAGUAUUGGGUACUCAUCAUUCAAAAAUUCUUAACUUCAAAGACCGUCCAAACCAAUCGCUUGGUUCAAUGCUUUAUGAGAUUGGUGAUCAACUUCCUCUUUCAUUAACAAGGUUUGAUGUGGAUUUUGAAGUUACACCUCAACAACUUGACAUCUUUUUGCAGCGUAGUAAUUAUGUCUUUGAGGAAUUGGGGUUACAUCAAUCAUCUGGACUAAAAGAUGAUCAUUUGAAAGUACUUAUGAAUCAUGCAAAAGUGUCUGUAAGGCUUCGAAAAGUCACUUUUGAUAGAAUAUAUUGGAGUAGUCCGGAUGAUGAUUUGGAAAAUCAGAUCUCAUUCGAAGGAAGUUUACUUGAAAAGUCAUCAUUCUCUCCAAAAACAUUGAGUGAAGCGGAAAGCUACAUAAAUACAAUUAAUUCCACCUCAUUCGAUCCAUUUAUAGAUCCUUUACAAGAAAUUUUUAGAACUGAUAAUAUUGAGACGAUGGAUACAGAAGAUUUAAAUAGUGAUGCGUGA